AUGUCUGGAGGUGUUGAUUCCUCGGUGGCAGCUUCAUUGUAUCGUCAUUACCCCAAGGUUCAAGGGAUUUAUAUGGCCAACUGGCAAAAAGAUGCAAAAUGUAAUGAAGAAGAAUGGAAAGUAGUUCAAUCAGUUGCCAAACAAUUGGAAAUCCCUGUUGAGAGAGUUAGUUUCGAAAAGGAGUAUUGGUUGAAGGUUUUUGAACCUAUGAUCAAUUCUUAUAGUGAAGGAUUCACCCCAAAUCCUGAUAUUAACUGUAAUAAAUUCAUUAAGUUUGGUGAGUUGAUUGAAUAUUUGAAUACCAAAUAUCAAGAUUAUUGGUUAGUUACAGGUCAUUACUCAAGGAUCAUGCAAGUUAAUGAAGGUCCUCAUAAGGGAAGAUUUGAUUUGCUUCGUGGGAAGUAUUCUCGAAAAGAUCAAUCAUACUAUUUGUCAUCAAUAAAUAACAAUGUUCUUUCGAAGAUUUUAUUACCUAUUGGUCAUUAUACCAAGCCAGAAGUCAGAGAAAUUGCCAAAAAGUUGAACUUGGUCAAUAAAGAUAAACCAGAUUCUAUGGGAUUAUGUUUUGUUCAACAAGAUGAAAAGAAAUUCGAUAAGUUCUUAGAUGAGUUCAUUGAACCUAAUCCAGGAAAUAUUGUCACUGAAGAUGGUAAAAUAUGGGGCCAACAUCAAGGAUUGUGGUAUGCUACAAUUGGACAAAGAUGUAAAAUAUCCAUGCCUCAAGGGGACCCAAAAUACCAGGGGACUUGGUUUAUCAGCGAUAAGAAUUUUGAAACUAAUGAACUUAUAAUUGUAAAAGGUUCGAAAAAUCCUAAAUUAUAUAAGAACGGAUUGAUAGUAAGAGAUUUUGAAUGUAAGGUUAAUCUUGAAGAUGAAAAAAUUGAAGAGUUAACUCUUCAAUACAGAUCAUUAAUGAAACCUGUAGAAAUAAAACAUCUCAGUCAGACCAAGGGUAAAUUAAUCAUUGAAGUUGGUGAAAAACAAAGGGCUAUGGCACCGGGUCAAAACAUUGUGAUAUAUAAUGGUGAUAGAAUCAUUGGCUGUGGAAUUCUUGAGGAAUCGGUGGAUUUGAAGGCAUCGUAG